AUGUCGGCGGGCGGCCCAUGCCCGGCGGGAGCCGGCAGCGCCCAGGGGGUGCCUCCUGCCCUGUGGGGGUCUCCCUGGUGGAGGUCCAUGUUUCGGUGGCUUGAAGUGCUCGAGAAGGAGUUCGACAAGGCCUUUGUGGAUGUGGAUCUUCUUCAAGGAGAUCGAUCCGACCAGGCGACAUCACUUAUAGGGCGUCAGAAGAUGACCAGCCUUAGCUCCUGCUUUGCGCAGCUUUGCUGUGCCCAGACUGUGUCUCAGAUCAACCACAAGCUUGAGGCCCAGUUGGUGGAUCUGCGGUCUGAACUGACUGAGACUCAGGCAGAGAAAGUUGUCCUGGAGAAGGAAGUGCACGACCAGCUCCUCCAGCUGCAUUCCACUCAGCUUCAGCUUCAUGCCAAGACUGGCCAAAGCGUUGACUCUGGUGCCAUUAAGGCAAAAUUGUCUGUUCACUCUGUGGAGGAUCUGGAAAGAGAACUUGAAGCAAAUAAAACAGAAAAGGUAAAAGAAGCUCGGCUUGAAGCUGAAGUGAAGCUGCUGAGGAAAGAGAACGAGGCUCUUCGCAGGCACAUAGCCGUUCUCCAGGCUGAAGUUUAUGGGGCGAGGUUGGCCGCCAAGUACUUGGACAAGGAGCUGGCUGGCAGGGUCCAACAAAUACAGUUACUGGGACGGGAUAUGAAGGGACCUGCUCAUGACAAGCUCUGGAACCAGUUAGAAGCUGAAAUACAUUUGCAUCGCCACAAAACAGUCAUCCGAGCCUGCAGAGGACGCCAGGACCUGAAGCGGCCCAUGCAGGCACCCCCAGGCCACGAUCAAGACUCUUUGAAGAAAAGCCAGGGAGUCGGUCCAAUUAGAAAAGUUCUCCUCCUUAAGGAAGAUCAUGAAGGCCUUGGCAUUUCUAUUACAGGUGGGAAGGAGCACGGCGUCCCCAUCCUCAUCUCGGAGAUCCAUCCAGGACAGCCUGCCGACCGGUGUGGAGGGCUCCAUGUCGGAGAUGCUGUUCUGGCAGUAAACGGCGUUAACCUAAGGGACACAAAGCACAAAGAAGCCGUGACCAUACUUUCCCAGCAGAGAGGAGAGAUUGAAUUUGAAGUAGUCUACGUGGCCCCUGAAGUGGAUUCUGAUGAUGAAAAUGUCGAGUAUGAAGACGAGAGCGGGCACCGCUACCGUUUGUAUCUUGACGAGUUAGAAGGCGGUGGUAAUUCUGGUGCUAGUUGCAAAGACAGCAGUGGUGAAAUGAAAGUGUUACAAGGGUAUAACAAGAAGACGGUGAGGGAUGCCCAUGAGAAUGGGGACGUGGGGGCUUCGGGUGAAAGCCCUCUGGACGACACUGCUGCGAGAGCAGCUCACCCGCACAGCCUCCAUCAGAAGAAGGCCUACUAAUCCUUCCCAGACACGCUGCUGUCAGACUCGUGGAAUGUGGGGCGCUGGAGAAGAUGGUGGCAAGGACUGCACAAGAUCAGGGAGGCUGUGUGUUGCCUAGAGUAAGGCGGGAACCUCAGGGCUUCAUGUGAACAGUUCUAAGUGCAUAAACCCCUGUUUUCUGUGGUACACCUUAAUUAGCUAUUGCAUGGAAGGCAAUUUUGAUUUUCCUGGAAUCUAAGCACCAAAGCAUGUGUUUCCCAAAGGGGUAUUAUCAGGCCGAGUGGAUGCUGUUUCCUUUGGCUCCUUUUCAUAUUUAACAGGACAGUGCUAACUGGAAUUUUCUAAGUUCCCUUUAAAUACAGCAGAGUAAAUGAUGCCAUAGAUUCCCUAAGGGUAACUGUGGAAUUUCAGAUGAUAGAACUUGACUCAGUGAAUUGCAAAAAUCUAGGUUGACAUUUUUGCUUAAUUGAAAAAUUUGUUCCAGGUUUUUUAAAGAAGUAUAUUGUACAUUCCUGAUAUCUAAAUUAACUCUUUAUACCUAAAUUAAUAUCUAAAUCAUUAUGCCGAGCUCACUCUCCGUUUACUCAGCUGCAGUACAGACUAGUUUCUUUAGGCAAUCCUGUAUCAAUCAGUGCUGCACUAGAGUAGUCUGGGAAAGCAACUGGACAUUUCACUUUGGAUUGUGAAAGGAAGCGCAGAGGAGCGGAAAUGCCUGUUUUCAAUUAUGUUGAUCUGUGUGCAUGGUGUUGGAGCAUUACACUGUUAGUGUUUAGUCGCAGGUGUCUGGAAUCCACGAAAGACAGUUUUAUACAUUUUUGAGUUGUUCCUAAGCUUUGACAUGUGAUAGUUGGGAACCUUACUAUGUCAUGAAAUACAUUGUGUUCAAACAGCAGUUGGCUUUACGUACCUGACUUGCCAAUCAUUUAACAAGCCGGGGCCAAGGUGGGCAAGAUGAGGUACAGACAGUUUGGCACAGUGAGCACAUCGGUUUUCAUAUCAGUAUAUGUUGGACUAAAGCAAUACUCACGUGCAAGCUCUGUAAAUGUGUUAGUUCUCUCGUGUCAGAACUAAGCAGACUGCCUGCUCCCUUCUUUCCUGACCUACAGGCCAUUGCACCCUGCCAGGCAAAGUCAAAAUACUGUAUUUAAAGAGGUAAUUUUUGCAAAGUCACUGUUUUAAAGGAUUUAUACCUAAGGGAAUCGUAAGUAGGAGAAGCCUUCAUAUAAGGCUUUCACAGUAUCAGUAUCUCUUCCUUGGUAUGCUUGUUUUUCCCAGAUGCAUUAUAUAUUUGUUCAAAGUUGAAUCUAUAAAGUGUAUAUACUUUAUUUUGUGAUUUUGCUAUUUAUAAAUUUACUUUUUAACUGUUGCCCAUUCA